UGCGCCGCUGGCGGUCAGACAAUCCUGGUGGAAGGGGGUGGGAGGAGUCGCGCAUUCACAUGCAGGAGAGAAGGGAGGAGGUGGAGGCUGCUGCAGGCCCCGCAUACAUCGGAGGAUACGGAGGGAGAACCGGAACCCUGGAUUAACCCCUGAACACUGAGAGCGCGGGGAGAGCAGGGCGCAUCUGCGGGCUCCCCCGGGCGCCACUAUGAAGGUGACGGUGAGCUUCGGGAGGACUCGGGUAGUGGUUCCCUGUGGGGACGGCAACUUGAAAGUUUCGAGCCUCAUCCAGCAAGCGGUGACCAGGUACAAGAAGGCCAUAGCCAAGGACCCCAACUACUGGAUUCAAGUUCACCGUUUAGAACAUGGUGAUGGCGGCAUUCUGGACCUCGACGACAUUCUUUGUGAUGUAGCUGAUGACAAAGACAGACUUGUAGCUAUAUAUGAAGAACAAGAUCCACAUCAUGGCGGAGAUGGCACAAGUGCUAGUUCCACUGGCACUCAGAGCCCGGAGAUAUUUGGCAGCGAGCUUGGAACGAACAGCAUGUCAGCCUUCCAUCCUUACCAGGCAACAAGUGAAAUCGAGGUUACCCCUUCAGUCCUGCGAACAAAUAUGCCACUGCACGUGCGUCGCAGUAGCGAUCCGGCAUUAGUCGUAAUAACCACCUCAGUCAGCGACUCAAACUUCGUAUCAGAAGAGCCCUCUCGCAGGAACCCUACAAGAUGGUCUACAACAGCAGGCUACACCAAGAAAAACCCCCCUGCAGGCCACACCAGCAGUGACAGAAAGAAAGAUGAGAACUACAGGAGUCUGCCCAGAGAUACCAGUAACUCGUCUAAACAGUUUGAAAGAGAUAAAGCCCGCUCUUCCCUGAGUGCCAGUCACCCCCUGGUGGACAAGUGGCUAGAGAGGCAGGAGCAGGAAGAGGAAGAUGGCGAAGAGAACAGCCGGGUGGAACCUGUUGGUCAUGCAGACACUGGCUUGGAACGAACCUCCAGCUUCUCCCUUGAUGACAUGGUGAAGCUGGUGGAAGUCUCCAAUGAUGGUGGACCUCUGGGCAUCCAUGUAGUGCCUUACAGCUCCCGUGGUGGAAGAACACUCGGGUUAUUAGUAAAACGACUAGAGAAAGGUGGCAAAGCUGAACGAGAGAACCUUUUCCAUGAGAAUGACUGUAUCGUCCGGAUUAACAACGGUGACCUUCGCAACAGAAGAUUUGAGCAAGCACAGCAUAUGUUCCGUCAAGCCAUGCGCUCGCCCAUGAUUUGGUUCCAUGUGGUGCCUGCCGUUAACAAAGAACCGUAUGAACAACUAUCCCAAAGCGAGAACAACAGCUACUACUCCAACCAACAUGCCUCUGACCACCAGUUCAUGGACAACAGGAACUUUCACAGCCCCGGUCCUGAGCAGACACUGCAGAGAGCUCCCCGACAGGGAGCCCAGAUAGAGCCAAUGGACUCUUUCUCAAAUCUACCUCACAGUAUCAAUUCAGCAGGAAAACCACCAACUGGCCUCACCCCUUCACCGCAGCGUGGCGCUAACUACCCUCCAGCCAGCGGUUACAGUACCAAAAAAGGAAAGAAGCUAUACAUCCAGCUCAAGAAAGGGGCUGAGGGAUUGGGGUUCAGCAUCACUUCAAGAGAUGUCCCUCUUGGGGGUUCAGCACCAAUUUAUGUGAAGAACAUUCUCCCCAGAGGAGCAGCUAUCCAAGAUGGCAGAAUGAAAGCUGGAGACAGACUGCUAGAGGUGAACGGUGUGGAUCUAACUGGAAAAACACAGGAAGAAGUUGUAUCAUUAUUAAGAAGUACCAAAAUGGGAGGUGCAGUUAAUCUCUUAAUCCUCAGACAAGAAGAGGGUUUCCACCCCAGGGAGCUGAACACUGAGCAGAAUCCGGUACCCAACGCAAGAGAACCGAAACCAGAAGAAGAUGACUUGGUCCUCACACCCGAUGGCACCAGAGAGUUCUUAACCUUUGAAAUUCCUCUAAAUGAUUCUGGAUCUGCCGGACUCGGCGUCAGUGUUAAAGGAAAUCGGUCAAAAGAGAAUCACGCCGACCUUGGCAUCUUUGUGAAGUCCAUUAUCAAUGGUGGAGCUGCGUCUAAAGAUGGAAGGCUUCGUGUAAAUGAUCAACUAGUGGCAAUCAAUGGCGAAUCACUGUUGGGUAAAACAAACCAAGAUGCCAUGGAAAAUUUGCGGAAAUCUAUGUCCACAGAAGGAAAUAAAAGAGGAAUGAUUCAGUUAAUUGUCGCAAGGAGAAUAAAGAAGAAUGAGUUGGAGUCACCUGGAAGCCCCUCGGGGCCCGAAUUGCCCAUCGAGACAAUGCUGGACGACAGGGAGCGAAGAAUUUCCCACUCUUUGUACAGCGGCAUUGAGGGCAUUGACGAAUCGCCCACAAGGAAUGCUGCAUUAAGUAGAAUAAUGGGUAAAUAUCAACUUUCCCCAACAGUGAACAUGCCUCAGGAUGACACUGUGAUCAUUGAAGAUGACAGAUCCCCAGCAAUGCCUUCCCAGCUCUCCGACCAGUCGUCUUCCAGCUCACACGAUGAUGUAGGAUGUGUUACAGACUCUGCAGGAGCCUGGUCAAAAAAUGUAGCUAGUGAAUCCACAGAGAGCACUUUGAGUCCAGAUGUAGAUCCAUCCCUUAGCUUCCAGAGAGAAGGGUUUGGUCGCCAGAGCAUGUCAGAGAAACGCACCAAGCAGUUUGGAGAUGCAAGUCAGCUAGACUUCGUUAAAACCCGAAAAUCUAAAAGCAUGGAUUUAGGUAACAAAUUAGCUGACGAGGCUAAGAUCAGUGCAAUGGCUGACCACAGUGCAGGUUCCCCAAGCAGAGACGUCGGGCCUUCAUUAGGCCUGAAGAAAUCGAGCUCAUUAGAAAGUCUGCAGACAGCGGUGGCCGAGGUGACUUUGAACGGUGACAUUCCUUUUCAUCGCCCACGCCCGCGAAUCAUUCGAGGACGAGGCUGCAAUGAGAGCUUCCGAGCUGCUAUUGACAAGUCCUAUGACAAGCCACCUGUUGAUGAUGACGAUGAAGGCAUGGAGACAUUGGAAGAAGACACUGAAGAGAGCUCUCGAUCAGGGCGAGAGUCUGUUUCUACUGCCAGUGACCAGCCAUCUCAUUCUCUAGAGAGACAGGUCAAUGGAUCAAGCCAAGAAAAGAAUAAAAAGGAUAAGAGUGGUAAAGAGAAAAAGAAAGACAGAGAUAAAGAUAAAGAUAAAAGCAAGGCCAAGAAAGGUGGCAUGCUGAAAGGUCUGGGAGAUAUGUUCAGGUUUGGCAAACAUCGAAAAGAUGACAAGAUUUAUCACAGGGGAUCGUGGAAAAUGAAAGAAGCCCACCCUUCGGAAGAUGACAGGAUGCGAAUGAGGCAAGAACAGGAGAGGAUUCAGGCUAAAACCCGUGAAAUUCGAGAAAGACAAGCUCGGGAAAAAGACUAUGCAGAGAUUCAAGAAUAUUCAAAGAAUUACAGCAUCUCCGACGAUCCAGCCUAUGCUACUACGGGCCAGUAUGACUCUCCUAACAGCGGUACCUUAAAUUUGAACAGUAGACCUCAAAGUCCAAGAGACGGAAAGCCAAUGGAGGCACUUUACGCCCAAGUUAAGAAACCGAGGAACUCCAAGCCUUCACCUGUAGACAGUAAUCGAUCAACGCCAAGCAACCAUGACCGAAUACAGCGCCUUCGACAAGAAUUCCAGCAGGCCCGGCAUGAAGACGACGUGGAUGAACGCAGGCGUACUUACAGCUUUGAGCAACCUUGGCCAAAUACAACAACAUAUAAUCAGAGCGGACGGCAUUCAGUGUCUGUGGAAGUUCAGAUGCAGAGGCAAAGACAGGAGGAACGGGACAGCUUCCAGCAAGCCCAGCGCCAGUACAGUUCAUUACCCAGGCAAAAUCGCAAAAAUCCUAGCUCUGUGUCUCAAGACUCAUGGGAGCAAGCCUAUUCGCCUGGAGAGGGUUUCCAGAGCGCCAAGGAGAAUCCUCGAUAUUCCAGCUAUCAGGGCUCGAGGAAUGGCUACAUGGGUGGACACGGCUUCAACGCAAGGGUCAUGAUGGAAACCCAAGAACUUCUUAGACAGGAGCAACGGCGGAAAGAACAGCAGCUUAAAAAAAAGGUAUCUGAAGGGUCCGACAAUUAUGACUCAAAUUACGCCCAGUCUAAAGGUCCUUUCCGUCAAGACGUCCCACCAUCUCCGUCUCAGGUAGCAAGGCUGAACCGAUUACCGCAAGAACAGGGAAGACCCUUCUACUCCUGAGGAACACUGAACACUGUUAAAUAAACAAAGGCAAUAAUUAUUUUCAUGGAAGACUUUGUAUUAUUUUUUAAACGGAAUGGUACUGUGGUACACAUCAUGCUUGUUUUCAGUGCCUUUUGCAAUACGGGCAAAGCAACAAUGGACCUCUUCUUGUCUCCUUGCCCUGGUCUUCUUGGUCUGAAGUGUUAUCCACAUGGAAGGAUGUUUUAUGAUAAGACAAUCACUGGUGACAUUUAUUCUUUCUCCCCCGAAGAUCAUGUCGUUCAGCUGAGUUUCAUGAAGAGUCAAGAAAUGACUGCCAUGCUGUUCUUGUUUUAUUUUGCCAUGUAUCUUUUUGUUUUAAUUUUUUACUGACAUAAUGUGGGAAUGGAAUGAGUUGAGGUUUCUACGUAAUGGUUCUUUUAUUCUUCUUUUUAUACAUAUGUUGAACAGUUGACUAAAGUAUUAUUUUCUUGUUAUCAUGCAGCCCAAAAUUGGUCAUUUAAUCAUUUACACGGCUCACUUUGGUUUGGUUUUUAAGCAGGUAUAACGUUGAUUAUGUUUAUGUUGUAAUUUCCUAUGUAGCUAAAAAGAAAAAAAAAUUGUGACACAUUCAUGUUUU